GACAGCCAAACUCCCGGUGAAGUGAAGAAGUGGAACCGAUUUGUCAGCCGACUACUUGUACUGCUAAACUAGUGAGACAAGAACAAUCGGGCUGCUGGGCAGACAUCAGCACAGUAUCAGAAACGCUGGACAAGCUUAAUCUCUUAGAUUUGAAUGGACAAGGAAGCCAGAAGUUCACAGCCCAGCUAGUGAAGCCCAUUAAAGGUUCAGUGAUGCCUGUGAAGAAGAAGAGGAAGCUCCCUGAAGCAGAGGAUAAUGAGCGCAAGUGUAAAAUUGCAAGUUUCACCCGCCCUCAGAUCCGUGAUGCCAUUCGUGGUGCUGAGAAGCUCUUCUCCAAUAAGAAGUGCCUGGCUUGGUUCCAGAAGUACGCCGGCUCCGACAAAGUGGUCGAUCCAGAGGCCAUGGAGAAGUUCUGUGAAGACAUCGGUGUGGAACCAGAGAAUAUUAUCAUGUUAGUUUUAGCCUGGCAUCUAGAAGCAGCGAACAUGGGAUUCUUCACAAAAGACGAGUGGCUCAGGGGAAUGACGUUACUGCAGUGUGACUGCACAGAGAGGCUACAGAGCAAACUGGAUUACCUGCGCAGUGAGCUCAACGACUCUGUAGCCUUCAAAAACAUCUACAGAUAUGCCUUCGACUUCGCCAGAGAUAAGGGCCAGAGGAGUUUGGACAUGGACACAGCUAAAUCCAUGCUGGCCUUGCUGCUAGGGAGAACGUGGCCUCUCUUUCCAGUCUUCCACCAGUUCCUGGAGCAGUCCAAGUACAAGGGGAUGAAUAAGGACCAGUGGUAUAAUGUUCUGGAGUUCAGCAGGACCAUCAACACAGACCUCAGCAACUAUGAUGAAGAUGGCGCUUGGCCAGUGCUGCUAGACGAGUUUGUGGAAUGGCAGAAAACUUGGUCAGCAGCGUAGCAGACGUCGCGAAACCAGAAAGGACAAAGAGGGAGAUGAAACAAAAACCACAAACACAGGAGGAGUCUCUUUAUCGUUUCUCCAGCAACACACACACACACACACACACACACACACACACGGACUACAGAAUCAUGUCAUCCCUGUGGACUCUGAGUGCACCCACAUCCCAUCAGAGAUUGUCUCUGUGCAUCGUCAGCCAACUGUGGACAACAGGCCCUUCUCUCGCUGAGUAGACUUUUUAUAGUGUUAAUUUGGAGAAAAGAAGACGUGGGAGAAAUGGUCUUAAAGUGAAAAUUUAAAAAAAAUGAACUGAAAGAGGAACUGUGGAAUUAUGUUAAUUAUUUUUCCCAUUUUGUGUCUUGUUUGUAGACGUUUUCACAGUAAUAAAAAGGAAAUGGAAGGA